CGAGCGACGAAGGUGAAGGAUUCGUCGAAAUGAAGGAGGAACAGGAUGUUAAUAUGGUCCGGCCUGUCCGUGCGUCGAAUCCAAAGAGAGGGCUUGCUAACCUGGGAGCAUCCUCGGCCGCAGGUCGGGAGAGGCCAAAGAGUGGAUGGUGGCCAGAGCAUUGGGAUACGGUGGUAUCCGAUCAUCGGGGAGGGACAGGCCGUACCCCUCAAGAAAGAAAGGAAAAGGGUGUGACGGGAAGAGAAGGAGAGCUUGAGCCUCCCAAACCAACAAAGGCUCAGCGAGAGGCGAGGGGUUGGGCUCAGGGAGGUCAGGUUACCCGAGAUGGGCAGUGCUCGCAACAAGAGGUAGUCACUCCGCUAGGAAUGGGAGGCGAAACUGCUCAAAGGGGGCCUUCAGUGGCCGAGCAGACACUAUAUCGGCGGUGGAUGCCAUACGAUCAGAUGGGUAUAGAGCCUGCGAUUGGGAUAGACUUCUUCAAGGGUUAUCAUGUCUCCGAUUUCCUUGACAAGUUUGAACAGAUAGCAUCCCAUUACAAAUGGAGCGAGGAGCGAAUGCUGGAAGAGGUCAUGGGGUUUAUCCAUAUAGGGCUGAAGCAUGAAGUUGAUAGGGUGGUUAAAGGAGCGAGGUCAUCAUGGGGGAAAUUUUGUGAUGACAUGAGGCAUAAGUACUGGCUAGUCGGCGGCACGCCGUGUUCAGGCGGCAACAACAUCAUGCGUGUGCGUGUGCGGGACGCGUGUCGGAGAAGGUUGUACGCUCUCCACAACGCUAUGGCCGGUGUGGGUGACCAAUGCGGACCAGUCAGCGACGUUAUUGAUCGGCUGCUCCACUGGUCCUUGCCAGCCAUCCGUGCGGAGUUUGGUGACGAGGUAGCAGAUGUGAUUUCUUCUUCGUUGCCAUUUCGGGUGUGCGGUCGAGAUUUCACAUUGCGUUAUAUGCCAGGCGAUUCCGGUGUUGACUACGGUCAGGGGGGUUCGCAGGGUUCAGCGAGCGGAGGGUUGGGGGAGUCUCAUGACGGAUCGCAGAACUCGUUCCCGUCAUCGCGUCGUGCAUCGCAGCGCAGUGACAGAGGGCGCGGCAGACCCCGCAGCGCGGGUCGCUGCACACCGACACCUGCCCGGCCGCAGACGUGGUGGGAUAGUUGGGACGAUGUUGACCAGUGCGGUCCUAGGCCUGAAAUUGACCGUGCUAGUGUUGAGGAGGCGAUGGCUAGAUGGAGUGGACCGACGGCGCCGGAUGUUGUGUUUCUGGAGCUGGUCAAACUUCUUCAAUUGCUGGGCAUGUUUCAUCUAUAUUGCCCGUGGCGCAAGGGCUCGUGCCGUGUGUCUGUGGAGUCCGUGUCCUAUACUGCGUAGCUAUGUAAGCCGACGUUCGUAUGCGACAAGAAAUGCAAAUGAACGUGGCACACGACA